UAUGACAGUUGGAGCGCCGAAGACAUUCUCAAGGCAGCUCUUCCCGCUGACCUAGACGAGGUGACGACGGCCUUUGAGACUGUGGGCCACUUGGCCCACAUGAACUUGCGCCACGAGCAGCUCCCGUAUCGCUUCUUCAUCGGGCAAGUUAUUCUCGAUAAAAACAAAGCCAUUCGCACCGUCGUCAACAAGACCAAGAAUAUUGCCUCGGAAUUUCGCGUCUUUCCCAUGGAGGUCAUUGCUGGUGAUGGCGACACCCGCUGCGAGGUGCGCGAGAAUGGUUGCCGCUACCAGUUUGACUUUGCCAAGGUCUACUGGAACUCGCGCCUGCACACCGAGCACCAGCGUUUGGUGGAUCUGAUCCAGCCUGAUGAGGUUGUCUGCGAUAUGAUGGCCGGAGUGGGCCCCUUUGCUUUGCCCAUUGCCAAAAAUGGCCGUCGAGUCUACGCCAACGAUCUCAACCCAGAAUCAUACGCAGCUCUGACUCAAAAUGUAGUCUUGAAUCGAGUCCACAAUCACGUUCAAACGUACAACAUGGAUGGCGGUGCGGUGGUUGCUCACGUCCUGGAUCUCGUGGAUCGGGGGGAGGCACCAAACUGGGGCCCGUUUCACCACGUCAUUAUGAACCUACCUGCCACAGCCAUCGAGUUUCUUGGCGUAUUCCGCGGUCUGUACCACUCGGAAGCUCGUCGCAAAUAUCCGUUGCCAAUGAUACAUUGCCACUGCUUUAGCAAGGGCCCUGACUAUGACCUGGACGUCCGGCAGCGCGCUGAACAUUAUCUUGGCGGUGCUCUUGAAGAGGAGACAACGGUGCACAAUGUACGCAAUGUCUCGCCGCACAAGGAGAUGAUGUGCAUUAGCUUCCGCCUGCCUCGUGCCGUGGCCUAC